CCUCGUCCUGGACCUUGUCCCCCAAAUCUGGCCGCCGCCGCCGCCGCCCCCGUGUUCCGUCGCGCGGCGCGCCGCUGCUCCCCAGCUCACCCUCGGCCUCGGAGGCAAAACCACCUCUCCCAUCGCCGCCGGCCUUAAUCGAGAGUCCAACCCGCGCCGACCCCCGUCCUCCUCCCAACUCUCACCAUGGCAGCACCGCAGAGUUCAAUAGCGAUGGUGCCGUCGAGGUGCACUGCAGAGAUGCACACGGCGACGGUCGCGGUCGAGAUCUCUGGCUACAGCCGUCUCAAGGGCCUCGGGAGAGGCAAAUAUCUCCGUUCUCCGGCAUUCCUCAUCGGGGGCUACGAAUGGUGCAUAUACUACUUCCCCGACGGAAGCCCAGACGAGGCGAGCGAAGGUCACGUAUCUGUCUUCCUCAAGCUCUUGACCAAGAACGCCGAGGUGAAGGCGCUCCACGAGUGGAUGCGUUUGAAUCGGGUUAGUGGGCAGUCGAUUGUGGCGCUCUCCCGCAAAGGGCCAGACGUGUUCGAGCGUAAAAAAUCUUGGGGCGUACCAAAGUUCAUGCAGACCACUGCUGAAGUAGAGUCGGCGUACCUGCAGAACGAUUGUCUCCUGAUCGAGUGCAAAGUCAGUGUUAUCACGGAAAUACUCAGUAUCUAUGUGCCGCCCUCUGACAUUUUGGAUAAUAUCGCAACCUUGCUAGAGGGGAAGAUAGGAGGAGACGUGACUUUCAAGGUUCAAGGGGAGGUCUUUUCUGCGCAUAAGAUUUUGCUUGCGAUGCGAUCGGCGGUCUUCAACGCGGAGUUCUAUGGUCCGUUGGGGGACAAAGGUGUACAGGACAUAAUUAUUAACGACAUGCAGCCUGCUGUUUUCAAGGCAUUUCUUCACUUCAUCUACACCGAUUCAUUGCCUUCCAUGGAUGAUCUUGAUGAUGAUGACAAAAGAGAAAUGGUUAAGCACUUACUUGUGGCUGCAGAUAAGUAUGCGAUGGAAAGGAUGAAGAGGGUAUGUGAAGGGAUGCUAUGCAAGUGUCUUGAUGUUGAAACCGUGGCGACCAUAUUAGCUCUGGCUGACCAGCAUCAUUGCAGCAACCUCAAAGAUGCUUGCACUGAAUUUAUGUUCUCUUCAAAUAGAUUGAAUGAUGUGAUCGCAAGCCAAGGGUAUGUUCAACUCAAAAGAUCUUCUCCUGAUAUCAUUGUAGAUGUGUUGGAGAGAGCAGCCAAGUCCCGCAAAAUUUAGUACACCAACCUGGUAUGAGCUACUGCUUAUCCUUCAGUUCUGAUUGAACUCUGGAGGCGAAUGCCUUAUGUUUGGUGGCAGAAGGAAUCUAGUCUUACUAAAUUUAGCAUAUUCAGCGUGGGUUAGCUUCUAUCUAGUUACUUUUGACUCAUAGCGACCUGAGAUGAGGGUGCUAUGUCUUUCAGUUUUCAGAGAUCUUUUGGUGGAAGCAGUUGGUUCUAUAAAAUGUAUGUCUCCAAUGUAUUGGUUGUCCUGUCUGAUAUAAGUAUAUAUGAAUCUAUGGUAACUCAGUAGUUAACUUUUUAUGUUCUUACUUUAAUUGCUGGAUUAUGUGAAGAAUGAU